CUACCGAAGCAAUACGGAAAAAGUUUGCUACUUGCCAGUUACUCCAAAACCGCGUAUGAGCACGCACGUUUGAUAUAUUUGUUGAGCCAAUUUUACGGAAAGGUGAUAUUUAGUAGUGUUGUGUUGGUGUGUGUGUUUUAUCGAGGAAUGUCGCCGCACCAUAGGACGAGCUUUAUAGAUUAAAAUAAGGCACUAAUGUGCGGUUCCGUGGCGGGAGGAUGCGCGAGGAGGAGUUGGAAGUGGCCCUCAAGGUGGUGAUCGUAGGUGAUGGCGGUGUGGGCAAGUCCAGCAUGAUACAGCGCUACUGCCGAGGAACCUUCACCAGGGACUACAAGAAGACCAUCGGCGUCGACUUCCUCGAACGACAAAUUGAAAUAGAUGGUGAGGAAGUACGGCUGAUGUUAUGGGACACGGCGGGGCAGGAGGAGUUCGACGCUAUCACCAAGGCGUACUAUCGCGGGGCACAUGCUUGUGUUCUGGCCUUCUCCACCACAGAUAGAGACUCAUUUCUUGCUCUGCACUCGUGGAAACUGAAGGUUGAAAACGAAUGUGGAGAGAUACCAACCAUCAUAGUUCAAAACAAAAUUGACUUAAUGGACCAGUGUGUUGUUGGACCAGAUGAAGCUGAACUAGUGGCCCGAGCGCUGGGCUGCCGACUGAUGCGAGCCUCCGUGAAGGAAGAUGUGAACGUCGGUGCCGUGUUCCGAGCGCUUGCUGCCAGAUGUCUGGCGAACAUGAGGCGGGAUUAUGAAACAGAGCUCACAACACCAACCAUUGCUCCUGUUAUAGGUACAUUCACAAACCACAAUAGUAAUGGUACUAUACUCCUGCGUCCAACAAAACAUCGUAACGGCAGCAAAAAGAAGAACGUUCUAAGAAAUGCGUGUCGAAUACUGUGAUACCUGUCAAUAUGACAUCUCCUUCAAUAUGUGUGAAAGACUGUACAGUGUGUAAACCUAUCAAUUUGAAAAUUAGAUAAGUCUAAUGCUUCUAUAAAUAGAUAUCAUUAUAUUUUGUAAUACAAAUUCAAAUAUUUUUAACCCAUUCGAAAAUUUAUACCUCAGAUCAAGAAAUGCAGGGGCUUCUUCUAUUUCGCUACACCAAAAUUUAUUAUUAUUUAAAAAACCUGAGGGCGAUCCAUUCGUCCAUCUACCUUUACCUACAUAAUAUACAUCAAUUAUUGCAAGUAUUUGCUGAUACAGACUCAAACUAAACAAAACUUCUACUAGGUAUCAACAAUAAUAUUUAUCUAACAAUUAUUGGCAUGAAAGUUCAACUGAAACAGUUGGUAUUUAUAGGAAAAUGAAAGUGAAAAGAUAGUGCACACGACAAUGGACAGUAACAUUUUAUUUAUUAUCAUUCGCGAGAAUUCCUUUCAAGUAAACAUAAGCUAUGUUUAUCAAUCUGUUAUCACCUGGUUAUAAAUACCUCAGGUUGGGAGAAACCAUUGCAACAUGAUAAUAUGAGUGUAUCUACUUAUUCGUUGUACAUAAUUAUAAAUAAGUAUCUUAAUACUAACCAGUAAAAGGAAGAACCCAACUGUAAUGUAACAUAGAUGUUGUCUAUGGUCAUGUAUAUCUAAGUCUAUUAUCUAUUGUAGAAUCGAUUCAAGUCUUUAGUGUAACAAAAUGUAUUUAUUGGACUUAACAAUUUGUUUGAUUUAUAUUUAGUGUAAAUAUGUAUUGAGUUUGUUUUUAUGUAACAAUAAAUUAUUAUUUUUA